AAUACACAUCGAGUCAUUUUAUUGAUUAAAACCCCAUAGCCAUCAACUCAUGAAAACUAAAUCAAAAACUAUUUUGCCUAUCGAAAAUAGUACAAUAUUUAUUACAAACCACAGACUUGUUUUACUUUGAAAGUGUUUAGUUCACACAAUUUUGACUAUCGGACUUAUCAGGACAUUACACCGACACCAGGUUUAUUAAUAUCUUUUUUUACCUCACGUGACAACGAUAUAAACCGAAAGUUGCGAAAUAAAACUAGCCGUUCGCUGUUCUAUGUACAGACACUGAGGUUGUAACUUACAAAUGAAGAAUUAGUUUAUUGGGUAUCAUGUGCUGUAUUCUGCGAUGAGAAGCCAUACUAUUCAUCAUCUCCAGAUGACUGCAUUGUGACAUCACUCACGUCUCCUACAAGGUGGCCAACUGACUCGUCUCAUACCGGGCCACGAGACGUGACCAGAACCUAUCAAAUUUCUAUAUUUUUUGUCUGAGAUAGGGUAAUACAAGGAAUGUCAAGUCUUUUCAAUGCAGUGGUGGAGGGGGUGUUGAAUGUUGUAGAUGUUGCGCAGGCCAGCAUUAACCCAUUCAAAGUGAACACAGUAAAAUAUGAGGAUUACAAAAAGUUACCAGUUAAGAUAGAGGAUGGUCACUUGACUUUGUUUAAGAGGCCAGGCUCCUUUGAGUGCGUGUUCUCCAAUAAAGUUAUGUAUAAAAGCUUUAGCAUAUUUCGCUUGACCAAUGAAAUUGAAGCAGUGACACAUUUCCACCAGUACAGCCGGAUUAUUAAUGCUCUCACGCACGCCAGCAGCUCCGUGUACGACGAGUCCAUGCUGCAGAGUAUUUCAGACGCCAUCAAAACCAACAUGCACUGGCGGCCAGCUCACUUUGCAGCAUUUGUUGGUUUAUAUGAAUGCUUCCACCAUAAAAAUAUUCAGUGUGAUGUUAAUUAUCAAGUGGAGAGGACGUUGUUGUCUCCCUUGAUGGCGGCAGUGAUGGGGAAGCACAUGCAGUGUGUGACAGUUUUACUGGAGCUGGGAGCCAGACUAGAUCUUCAGGACCAGUACGGAGACACGGUGUACCACUACGCUGUGAUCUAUUACCUAGAAGUCAUUCCAACUUUAGCUAAACAUGAUAAAGGUAACAGCCAUGAUCGAGUCAUUAACUACCUCAACCAUAAAGGUUGGACUGCACUUGCCAGCGCAUGUCAGAAGAAGAAAUCGGAUAUUGUGGAGACACUGUUGGAUACAGGGGCCAAUCCGGAUGUCACUGCUCAGGAAUUAUUUCCCAUCCACCAUGCUCUCAAAAUGGGCGACAAUAAGUCAGUGGAGAUUAUUUGUAAAAAGUUCAAAGAUCAGCUGUCAAAAAGAGAUGGAAAAUAUGGGGGAACAGCAAUGCAUUGGGCCCGAAACAGACAGAUGGUUGAGAAAUUAUGCCGACAGAUGGCGGAUGUGAAUGCAAAGAGUCACACAGGCCACACUCCAUUGCACAUCAUGCUGGAGAAAUCUAGGUCAGACUGUCUGAUGGAGCUGCUGUGUUGGGGAGCAGAUCCAAGUAUUGGUGAUGGUGAGGGAAACACCCCUCUACACAUCGCCGUAUUGAAAGAUGACAUAGAGAUGGUAAAAAACUUUGUGGUUUAUGGCGCUGAUGUCAAUAUCAAAAAUGAAAAAAAUCAAAGUCCUAGACAUUUAGCCAGUGUCUCAAAUAGUAAAAACAAAGAUCUAAUUUUGUACAUGCUUCAUGUAUCUGGUGCCGUGAGAUGCGAUACCCAAAUGAGGAACUGUCUCCCUGGAUGUUCUGUGAAUGGAGACAAAAAUGGCAAACCUGAUGAACACAUCAAUGAAAUUUUAGAACGUGAUCAGAAUGGCGUCUUAGAUGAGAUGCUAUCCUCCAUGUGUGAACCACUGUCCCAGACGGAUGGAUCGGGGAAAGAUCACGGCUACAGGAUUCUGUCUCUGGAUGGAGGGGGGAUCCGAGGAAUUGUCCUUUGUCUGAUACUGAUGGCAAUUGAAAGAGAGGCUGGGAAACCGAUUAAAGAGUGUUUUGAUUGGAUAGCUGGAACAAGCACCGGGGGUCUCCUAGCUCUAGGAAUCUGCACAGGGAAGCCUCUGUCGUACAUACGAGGACUCUAUCUCAGACUGAAGGACGAGGUGUUCACUGGCUCCAGGCCCUACCAGUCCGAGAAUUUCGAAGCCAUGUUGAAAGAAGAAUUUGGAGAGAACACUGUCAUGACAGAUUUUAAGACACCAAGGGCUAUAGUAACAGCCGUAUUGGCAGACAGACAUCCAACCAAACUCCACUUAUUUAGGACGUAUGAGCCGACACUGCAGCUGCUGGAGGCCAGGGACUUAUAUCAAAGGGAAGGCAGCAUAAAGAAGAGGGAUAAGACCAAUUCAAAGGAAAGGAGGCAGUCCAGUCAAGUGCCACAGUUCUACUGCCCUACCUCCCCCAGUGAACAGAAGGUGUGGGAGGCUGCCCGGGCCAGUGGAGCUGCCCCGACCUACUUCAAAGCUUUUGGUUCAUACAUUGAUGGAGGUCUGGAAGCCAACAAUCCUACCCUAGAUCUGAUGACUGAAAUACACGAGUACAACUGUGGCUUAAAACUGAGGAAUGAACCCCAUCUUGUGCGUCCCAUUGGUGUGGUAGUCUCCCUUGGAACGGGCCAGGAGCCUUCUCGUAAAGUGGACAGUGUCGAUGUGUACAGGCCGGAGGGGAUCUUUGAUGUUACUAAGAUUGCUCGUGGAAUUCAAAACCUGAUCAAUGUCAUGGUGGACAAGGCAACCAUUGCAGAGGGUCGUCCAGUUGACAGGGCCCGGGCAUGGUGUGGGAUGCUGGAAAUCCCAUUUUAUCGAUUCAGUCCCCCAAUAUCAGAUGUAGAACUGGAUGAGCAUGACAAUAAAAAGCUGACACAAAUGAUGUGGGAGACGCAGUGUUAUAUAGCAGCCAAUCGUGACCGCAUUAAAAGACUGGCUUCUUAUCUUCGACGAGACACAGAACAGAGUGGAUAGUUAACAAUGUAUCUCUCAUUAAGGGUGAAAGGUUGUAAUAGUCCUAGUAGUGUCUGAUUUAUGUUGUAAUGAUAGGCAUUAUGUCAUGAUUUGUGUUGUCGGGGUUUUGUUGUUCUAGAGAGUGUUUUGAGCUGGAAGAGUUGUCCCUCUUUCUGUCCGUUCACUCUCUCUCUGACUGAUAGUGAUUUAUAUAUGUACACCAGGAAACCAUGACAACUAUACCCCAACAGAAAUUUGUCGUUUUCCUCUACUGAUUUAUUUCUUGUAUCAUAGUUUAAAUGUGCCAUGAUUUAUAUUGAAGAAUGAAAUGAAUUUAUUUUUCUAUAAGUAUGUUUUUCAAAAAUGAAUUUACAUGUAUUUUUAGUUCUACUGGUGAAAACCAGAAAUAUGUAAGUUAUUACAUCAUAAGCACAUCUGUUGUGUGAGUUUUGCUGCAUUUGUUUAUCAUUAAAUUCUACUCUUAA